AUGGAGAAUCCCAGGUUCAAAGUAAUUAUCGUGGGCGGCUCAGUGGCUGGCCUUACGCUUGCCCAUUGCCUGGACCAGGCGAAUAUUGAGUAUCUGGUGCUCGAGAAACAUGCUAACAUUCAAACUAAUAUUGGAGGCUCCAUUGUCUUGAUGCCAAAUGGAUGUCGCAUCCUGGAUCAGCUGGGAGUCUACAGCCUGGUGGAAAAGUCGGCCAGUCCUAUCAGGGUGGCGCAUACAGGCUAUCCGGACGGAUAUGGGUUCCCAGUCACAAUUCUCACACGCUUCCAGUUACUAAAUGCAUUAUAUGCGGCAUUCAAAGACUCGUCAAAAAUCAGAACGGGUUGUAAAGUAGUGAAGGUUGAGCUCAACGACAAGUGUGUCUCAGUUUGGACUGAUGAUGGGCAAGAAUAUCAAGGCCAUAUCGUGGUUGGUGCGGACGGAGUCCACAGCACUGUGCGGUCUGAGAUCUGGCGGAUUUCUGAUGAUAAACAACCGGGGUGGAUCACUGAGGAUGAAAAACACGGUAUGCACGCUGAAUACAGAUGCAUAUUUGGGAUAUCUCAGCCAGUGGUUGGAAUCAAUCCCGGGGAGCAAAUCAUUCGUUGCUUCAAAAACCUAAGCUUCCUUGUCUUCCCAGGAAAGGAUGGCUGCAUUGGAUGGUUUGCCAUUCAAAAGUUAGACCGGAAGUAUAUCUACCCAACCGCGCCUCGACUUUCGCAUGAUGAAGUGCGAGAAAAAGCUGAAAACCUUGUUGACUUUCCUAUCUGGAAAGGGGUGCGGUUCGGAGAUAUCUGGAUGCGGACUACUGGAUAUUCAUCAACUUCCCUAGAAGAGAACCUGUUUCGGACUUGGCACUACGGCCGUGCUAUUUGCGUUGGAGAUAGCAUCAGUAAGCUAGCACCGAACAUUGCCCAAGGAGCAAAUAUGGCAAUAGAAAAUGUCGCCGCUCUUGCCAAUGUAUUGCACCGAAUCAGUGCUUUAGAGGAGCGCUCAGAUUGUAUAAUCAAUGGCCUUCUAAGAAACCUUGCAACUGGGCUCUUUCCGCGUUUUGAGAACAUGCAUAGGGUAGCUCGAUCAGUGGUACGCUUCCAUUCUCAACAAGGAUGGAUAAAACCACUGCUUGGUCGGUAUCUCUACCCACUAAGCGGAGACUUGCUUUUUUAUUCUAUCAGCAGCCUCCUAGCUGACGCCACGGCCGUGGACUACAUUCCACUUCCAAAUAGAUCCAAGGGUAAAUGGGAAUCAGCUAUAAACAAAAAGAAGGUACUAUGUCAGUUAGCUCUGCUCGUCGUGAUGCUCAUUUUCUGCCACCAUUUCACCAGGGGAAGAAUACCUCCUCUAGACUAG